GUGCACGCGAACUCCGCGAAGUAGCGAUUCAUCUAACGGUCCGGUGACGUCAGUCACGUGAUUUGCCUAUCCCUCCUUAUAAAUGCUGAGAUUCUGCGCUUUUCCUCACACUGCUGCAUCUGCUGGAGAAUAAACCACUUCAACUACCACACACUCUGACCUACUGCAAACAUGUCUGACAAGCCAAAUCUCGAGGAGGUGACCAGCUUUGACAAAACCAAGCUGAAGAAAACAGAAACUCAGGAGAAAAAUCCGUUGCCGUCAAAAGAAACCAUCGAACAGGAGAAACAGGCGGGCUCGUCAUGAAAGUCUCUCGCCACACUUCUAUGCACUGUACAUUCCACAUUGCCUUCUUUUUCACGUCUUUUCGCUGUUUAAUAUGACCUAAGUCGCAUUGUGAUUGGACAACCAAAAAAAUGCAGACGACCGUACAGCCCUUUGUUUUCUGUGCCCACGUACUCCUCUUUUUGUAAACCGCACCACUGAUAUUCUGAUGAAGUUUGUUGAUACGGACGAGGAUGACGAGGAGGCGCCGGGCUUCGGGGGCGGGGCGAAGAAUUUGAGUGACAUGUAACAGAGACUCGCUCUUGUAACAUCUCUUGGUUGACUUGCUCAAAUGCUUUAAAGUCAUGCAGUGUUUUUUUUUGUAUGUUGACGUCUUGGAAUGCACAAUUUUUGUUUUGUAAUGCAAAUAAAAGUUCAGAUGGA